UAUAUAUAUUCACCUGCUUUAAUUUGCAUCGAUCCCAACUUAAACUGAGUGACGCCGCGCCAAUAUGCAGCCGCGCUGUACGCUCAUCCACGCCGUCGCCGUCGUCGCGGCGGCGGCGGCGGCCGCGCUGCUGCUUCCUCCGCUCGCCGCCGGCCAGCCGUGGCCGACGUGCGACACCAGCGCCGGCACGUACAAGGCCGGGAGCGCCUACGAGUCCAACCUCCGUGACCUCGCCGCCGCGCUCCGCGCGGGCGCCGCCGCCUCGCCGUCGGCGCUCUUCGCCACGGGCAUCCGCGGCGGCGCGCCCGACGCCGUCUACGGCCUCCUCCUCUGCCGCGGCGACCUCAGCGUCUCCGACUGCUUCGACUGCGGCACCCGCGUCCUCGCCGACGUCGGCCGCGUCUGCGGCGGCCGCCACGGCCGCGCCAAGGACGUGGCCCUCGUGUACAACCAGUGCUACGCCCGAUUCUCCAACAAGGGCGACUUCCUCGCCGCCACCGACAACGCCGGCGGCGAGACGCUGCUCAUCAGCGGCACCAACAUCACCGGAGGCGCCGGCGUCGUGGCGGCGUACGACCGCGCGGUGACCGAGCUGCUCGCGGCCACCGUGCGGUACGCGGUGGAGGAGAACCCGGCGAGGCUGUUCGCCACGGGGCAGCGCGUGGGGGACGACGCCCGCGACCCGGGGUUCCGCAACAUCUACUCCAUGGCGCAGUGCUCGCCGGACCUGCCGCCGGCGUCGUGCCGCAGGUGCCUCGACGGCGUCUUGGCGCGGUGGUGGCAGGUGUUCCCGCUCAACGGCGAGGGCGCGAGGGUCGCCGGCGCGAGGUGCUACCUGAGGUCUGAGCUGGGCGUCGGCCCGUUCUACACCGGAGCUCCCAUGGUGGUGCUGCGGGCGGACAAGGUCUAGCCAGCGUCGUCGCCAUUGGCACCCGAUGGAAGCUGCGGUAGCUACAGCCUACAGUUCUACGCACCAAAAUGGUGGAGGUGCACCCUACCUAUGGCCGACAAAGUGCAAGCAAAUCUCUACACGUAUACCUAUACUAUUAUUAGGACAUUCCGACAAAAUGUCCACGUUCACCCGAGAAAUUUUAGUGAAUAAAUCUGGACAUCGAUCCAGUUAAAACCAAAUUUACAACGGUUCAAUAACUAAAAUAAUUGAUAUGCAGCUCUUCGCCAACUUCAGGUAGAGGUUCACAAAUAAAAUUCAGUAGUUGUGGGAGCUUUAUCUUGUGUUGGUGUGUAUUAGUUUGUGCUUACUUAAUAUUUUGUUGGUGCGCUUCUAAACUCACUGUGUAAGAUUGCUUUUGUGUGAAUUCUGUAAUAAUUGGAUAUAGCUCAUUAAGCAAAAAUCGAGAUGUUUUAUUCCA